AUGUACGGCUGCACACCCGGAGGUCCUGGGUUCGAGUCCCGGGUCGGGCCAAGUUUAGUUAUUGAGUCUUCCUGUAUAACGGUGCCAUUGCCAGCGGGAUCCACUUCAGUGCUCGCGAAGCCAACUAAGUACCAUUACUAUCCACACAACCAACACAUUUAUUUACUACCAGAAUGCGCUAUUCAACAGGUGUGCAACGCUGUAUACGUGCGUUUGAACUACACCCAACCAUUAUGCGCCUGUCCAGCGAGAUACAGGGACCCAUGCUCCGCUAGUCUCAACGCCGAUGACUUACAUACCACUCGACUAACUACGGAUUCCAAAAAGAAGUAUGCAAAGAAGGCAGUUACGUUAGUGAAGACGUGCGAAGCGGUAUCUGAGAUGCGAGAAUGUCGCGCGCCUAGAGAUUGGUCCCUUUUAGCGCUCCAGAAUAUACGAACUGGCAAGUCACACUAUUUAGUGAUUUGUAGAUGUCCCGAAACUCAUAUACUUGAGGGGCCGAUGUCUCACGACCAGCCUACGUACGCGUCUGUACCAGGAAUAAGAGUUUACGGCAUGAUGUGCGUCCGACCAACUUCUUAUCACACCGGUUACAACGCAAAUAGAUACACUGGCGGUGUCCAGAGCACUACAAGCACGUACAAAGUAGACUAUUCUCAAGCUCAUUCAUACGAUAAGCCCGUGUACAACCGAUAUCAUACCCACAGCUAUAUGGACUCUAACUUCUACAAUAGAAGAUCUAGAGCCGCACGAGUUAGACGAAUGACGUCAGAAUACCCUCCUUUCCCAUGGUAUAAGGUGAAAGAAUUGGCACGCGCGUUACAUUGGAUCAAU